AUGACGCUCGAGACGCUCGAGGACGACGAACACGCACAUCAUGGCACCCAUGACGUCUUACACGAGGUGAUGGACAUGACGUCGAGCGCGAUGGAGGCUUUAAGUCGCAGCGCGCUCGUCGGCGACGCGGACGGAACCGUCAAGAGGCACGGGACGGUGGUCGGAUCGACGGCGACGCUGGCGAACUGCGCGAUCGGUGCGGGUGUGCUGGCGAUUCCAUUUGCGAUUCGAGAACUCGGGUACGCGCUGGGUGGGAUCGUCGUCCUCGUCGCCGCGAUGCUGGUGGCGUACACGCUCUUGGUGCUCGUGCGCGCCGGAUCGGCGUUUGGGUCGACGUCGUACCAAGGUUUGGUAAAAGACGCGUUCGGACUCAACGUCUCGAGAGCGGUGAGCGUGGUGUUGAUAGUGUACCUCUUCGGUUCGUGCGUGGCGUACCUGAUCAUCAUCGGCGAUUCGUACACGAAGGUCGUGAGCGCCUUCGCGGGAGACGCCGCCUCCGCGUGGUGGGCGAAUAGACGCUUCGCCAUAGCCAUAAUUGGCGCCUUCGUGGUGACACCGCUGAGCUUGCUGCGCGAAAUGAGUCGCUUGGCACUGGCGAGUGCGAUGGCGGUCAUGGCGCUCGGGUACACCGCGACGGUGAUCAUGUGCAAGGGCUUGACGCCGGCGGCGGACUCCACGGCGCUCGCGACGGCAUUCAAACUCGACAUCGGAUCAAUCUCGGCCGUGCCCAUCGUCGUUUUCGCGUUCCAGUGUCACAUUCAAGUUCUGGCAAUUUUCUCGGAACUUGGCUCGAGCGAGACUGCGCAAUCGGGAGAAAUUAUCGAACUGCAUGAUUCGAGCGCGUCGGAGAGACGACGAAUGAAGCGAAUGCGGGUCGUCAUCGCGCUCGCAGUUGGCGUGUGUUUCGUCGGAUACAUCUCGGUUGGCGAGUUCGCGUAUAUCUCACACCCCGACGUGACGUCUAACGUACUCGAUAGCUACGAUAAGAACGACAAAGCCAUGCUGCUUGCGACGAUUUUGAUGGGUUGCAGCGCCGUAUCGUCUUUCCCGGUGAAUCAUCACGCUGCGCGUGCGGCGUUGGACGACUUGCUCGCCUCAGCCUUUGGCUGGGAAGAGUGCGCGCCUGGCCAAUCUCCGGCCACGCGACAUGUGUCGCAAACCCUUGGGUUCGUGCUCAUCGCCGCCGUCGUGUCGUUCGCGGUGACAGAUCUGGGCAAGGUUUUUGAGCUCGUCGGCGCCACGUGCGGUUCGCUCGUCAUGUUCGUCAUCCCAGCCUUGUUGCUGGUUCAUCCCGAGAUGCGAGCGGAGAAUCGUGAUACGUUGGAUCCGCUGGAAGAUUUGGCGGGCUUGGAUGACGUCACGCGCGAGCUCUUGAGCUCCGCGCGGGACUUAUUGGAGCGUGACUUUGGCGAAGAUGCGGGCGACAUCGAAGAGGACGUCGUCGGCAUCUCCCGUUUGAACUCGCCCGGGGUGGGAGCGAUCGUCACCGCGACGACUCUUUGCCUGAUCGCGCUCUUCGUGGCGACUAGCAAUGUGUACGUGAUCUUCUUUAGAUAG